AUGUGGCGCUAUUUCUCAAGCGCUGAUACGCGGACGCGCGGCACAAUGAAGCGUCGCGGUUGCUUUGCUAUGAGUUUGGUGUUGCGUGAGUUAUUGCCAGUUGAUUGUGUUGCUAAGGUGGUUGUUGGUUGAAUGAUGCGAGGUACGCAUGUUUCAGUUGCCCGUGACAAAAUGGUACUUUUGGAUGAAAUACCAGAGAGUUAUUGUCACUAUACAUCAUCAUUAUCAUCAUCGUCAUCAUCAUCAUCGUCGUCGUCAUCAUGCUCAUCAUCCGAGUAUGAUGGUGAUGAGUAUGACAGUGAUUUUUCACCUCGUUCGUUGUUAACAAUGGCAAUCCAACGACGCCGAAUUAUUUACAACAGUAAGGAACGUGAUUUAAGACGAGAAUUGCUGCAUACAAGUUUCAUUCAAUCAUUAUGCAAAUAUCUUGGUGAACGUCGUGCCAAACGGCAUCAACAACGACGUGCUGCCAAGCGUCAUCGUAGAAGGAGCAGUCGGGAGAAUCGGAAACGUGAGUACUCGUCGUCGUCCUGCGGGUCGGAUUCUGAUUUUCGAGUUAAAUCCCACCCGGGGAUCAUCAUGGAUGAUUUCUCAGGGUGUUUGGAUUUGUCUGCUAGUGAGUCAAAAAAAGGAGGUGGAGGUGAAAACAGUGAAACAAGCCAAUUUGAUGGUUAUAACGACAAUUUGUACAGUUUAUUGCAACAAGAUAACUGUGUUCAGUUGCCUUUGCCGAAUGUUAUGGAGGCUGAUAAUAUACUGAUUGAACCACCACCACCACCGCCGCCGGUUUGUUUCAAGAAAUCGCGCUAUACGCAGUCAGAUGCAGAUCCUUUUGGCUUAGAUGCGUUGUUCGAUGAAUUAUAUGGCAAAACGAUGGUUGCAUCAGUUUCCAAUUGUUUUGCGUUCAAAAAUAAAAAAAACCACACCUUUCGAUGUGUGAUGCUAAACGCGAUCGAAGUGACCCAGGCCCAGCAUUCCGUUCCAGGAUACUGUAUCUUCUGUUAA